AAGGGAGGUGGGGUCGGAGGAUCCGGGAGGGAGCAGGAACAGUCACUGCUUCUACUGCUGGUCUGCGGGUGCUGCUCCUGAGGCGAGCUAGGGGCAGCCACCAGCCAGAGACGAAGGAGGAGGAGGACGAAGAGAGUAAAGAACAUGGUGGAGCUGGAGGCAGCAGGGGCCAGAGAGAAAGCUCGUGCCCAAGCUGGUCGUCUAUCCUGUCAUUACCCCAGCGCCUCCUGCUAACGUGGGCCCCGCCAGACCCCAGCUGUCACGCUACAAGGUCUGAAGCCACUUCCUUUUGGACUACUCUGGACAUUCAGCCUUUUCUCACUACUUCCUCCAUUUCUGGAGCCACAGACAUAGCAAUAAAGAUGAGAGUGGAAUAAGCGGGCAGACAUCCCCUUCCCGAGCUCUCCCUCCUCUCCACCAUGAGCCACGUGGAAGGACUGCCAGAUGUGGAGGUGAUUGAUGAGCCAGGAAGUGGAGAAUCUGUAGAAGUGAAUGAAUCUGUGGAGGCUGAUUUGGAGCAUCCUGAAGCGGAGGAGGAGCAGCGGCUGCAGCUGCAGCAUGCAACUCCAUACCCUCAUGGCCCUGUCCAAGGAACACGCAGUCCCCAACCCGUCCAGGGGCUGGAAGAGGAGGACCGAGGGGGUUCCCUGGCCCGCUCGGCCAGCACGGAAAGCGGCUUCCACAACCACACCGACACUGCUGAAGGAGACGUUAUCGCCGCUUCGGGUGAGGACGGCUAUGACCCGGAGCGGGGCCAGGAGAACGAGGACGAGAGCGCCUAUGCCGUGCAAUACCGGCCCGAGGCCGAGGAGUACACAGAGAACGCUGAAGCUGAGCACGCCGAGGCCUCUCAUCACCGGAGCCUGCCCAACCACCUGCACUUCCAUUCGCUAGAGCAUGAAGAGGCCAUGAACGCCGCCUACUCGGGAUAUGUCUAUACUCAUCGGCUUUUCCACCACAGCGAGGACGAACCCUACGCGGAGCCUUACGCAGACUAUGCGGGGCUGCAGGAGCACGUGUACGAGGAGAUUGGGGAUACUGCUGAACUUGACAGCCGUGAUGGUCUGCGACUGUACGAACGUGAGCGCGAGGAGGUGGACAACUACCGCAAGGAGGCACUUGGGGCGCGCCUCCACCACUAUGACGAGCGCUCCGAUGGAGAGUCUGAUAGCCCCGAGAAGGAGGCGGAAUUUGCUCCCUACCCGCGAAUGGAUAGCUAUGAGCAGGAGGAGGAUAUCGAUCAGAUUGUAGCCGAGGUGAAACAGAGCAUGAGCUCCCAGAGCCUCGACAAAGUCGCCGAGGACAUGCCUGAGGCGGAACAGAACUUGGACAGGGUGCCCAGCCCGGAAGGCGGCUGUGGAAACGCAGAUGAGCUGGGAAGCCCUGGGCAGCCCGCCCCCGUGGGACCUGGGCCCGCUACCCUCACAGGUGAGGUGGGGCAGCGUUACAGCAAGGAGAAGAGGGAUGCUAUCUCCCUGGCCAUCAAAGACAUUAAGGAAGCCAUCGAGGAGGUGAAAACUAGGACCAUCCGUUCGCCUUAUACGCCAGAUGAGCCAAAAGAGCCCAUUUGGGUCAUGCGGCAGGACAUUAGCCCGACCAGGGACUGUGAUGACCAGAGGCCAGCAGACGGAGAUUCUCCAUCUCCUGAUUCUUCCUCACCCCGGGGUGCUGAAUCAUCUGGCAGACAGCAUCAGCAAGAUGACCUGGCAGAAUCCUCCGGUAACAAAGAGUCAAGGAAAAGCUUGGCUUCAUUCCCAACGUACGUUGAAGUUCCAGGACCAUGUGAUCCCGAAGACUUGAUCGAUGGCAUCAUUUUUGCAGCCAAUUACCUUGGCUCCACCCAGCUGCUUUCUGACAAAACCCCCUCCAAGAAUGUUCGAAUGAUGCAAGCACAAGAAGCAGUAAGCAGAAUAAAGAUGGCCCAGAAAUUAGCCAAAAGCAGGAAGAAGGCUCCUGAAGGAGAAUCUCAGCCCAUGACAGAAGUAGAUCUCUUCAUCUCUACACAGAGAAUAAAAGUCUUGAAUGCAGAUACACAGGAAACUAUGAUGGAUCACCCACUAAGGACCAUUUCCUACAUUGCAGACAUCGGGAAUAUUGUUGUGCUGAUGGCCCGCAGGCGAAUGCCUCGUUCCAAUUCCCAAGAUAACGUGGAAGCCUCUCAUCCAUCCCAGGAUGGGAAGAGACAAUACAAAAUGAUCUGCCAUGUCUUUGAAUCUGAGGAUGCCCAGCUGAUUGCACAGUCCAUUGGUCAAGCCUUUAGUGUGGCCUACCAGGAAUUCCUCAGGGCAAAUGGAAUCAACCCAGAAGAUCUCAGCCAAAAAGAGUACAGCGAUCUACUCAACACCCAAGACAUGUACAAUGAUGACCUGAUCCACUUCUCCAAGUCUGAAAAUUGCAAAGAUGUUUUUAUAGAGAAGCAAAAAGGUGAAAUCCUGGGUGUGGUGAUUGUGGAAUCUGGCUGGGGAUCCAUCUUGCCAACAGUGAUCAUAGCCAAUAUGAUGCAUGGAGGACCAGCAGAGAAAUCAGGAAAGCUAAAUAUUGGGGACCAAAUCAUGUCCAUUAAUGGUACCAGCCUUGUUGGCCUCCCUCUUUCCACUUGUCAGAGCAUUAUUAAGGGUUUAAAGAAUCAGUCUCGAGUAAAGCUGAACAUUGUAAGAUGCCCCCCAGUCACUACUGUGCUGAUCAGAAGACCAGACCUCCGAUACCAGCUGGGUUUCAGUGUCCAGAAUGGAAUCAUUUGCAGUCUCAUGCGAGGAGGGAUAGCAGAGAGGGGUGGAGUUCGAGUGGGACAUCGAAUCAUUGAAAUCAAUGGACAGAGUGUUGUUGCUACACCCCAUGAGAAGAUUGUUCACAUUCUCUCCAAUGCUGUUGGGGAGAUUCACAUGAAAACAAUGCCAGCCGCAAUGUACAGACUGUUGACCGCACAAGAACAGCCUGUUUACAUCUGAGAAGCCGUGGUCCUCACUUUAUAACAUGCAUGGAGGGUGCCUCUUCACUAGUGGCUAUGUUUCUAGUGCUGCAUAUUUGUGAUCAUGGAAAUAUUUUGUUUGUACUCUCUCACACACACAACAUUUUGUCAUGCACCAGAAGAAAAGUAUCCAUGAGGAUCCCUUUUUUCUCUCUUGCUCCAUCUUUCCCCUCAGUCCCCAUCCCCAAAUACAAGUGAUAUUUUAAUGUGUGUAGUUCCUUGCAGAAGGGAGAGUUGCCCAGAUCUUCCCAGCAAACUUACCUGCAAAUGAAUUUUGUGGAGAGUUUAUAUUUGGCAUUUUCAGCUGCCUGGCUUCCAGGAAGGGGUGGAGAACAGAAAAGAGAACUACCUUUCCUGUGGAAUCCAGACCUCACAAAAUGGUUUACCAAAUGAAAAUAAUAAUGGGAGCUAGAAGUGGCUAGAAGUUUUUUGGUUCUCUUCUUCUCUUUUUGGUAUGCUAUAUGUUGGGACAAGAUGAGUUAUGGGGAACCAAACAUGAUAUCUAAAGAUUUUGAUUGACCAAAGUAGAUUGAGGGCUCUUCACUAUUUCCUCACAGAGUUCCUGAGCAGGUUUCAAACAUAUUCCAUAUUUGGUCUUUAAUUUGCAAUGUGUUUAUUUGCUCUAGAUAUUAAAAGGCCAUUAGAAUUUUAAAAAAGAGAGAGGGAAGGGACCAGUGGCAUUUUGCAAGCAAGCCUUGCAAAUAGCUUAAAAAAUUAGUCAGGCCCAUUAAGUUUACAUAGGUUCCUCCCAUAUCACUAGCCAAUGAAUACCAAAAGGGGUUAUAUAUGGCCUUUCUAUUACACUCCAUUUUAUUCAUCCCAUUCCACCAGGAUUGUAAGCUUAAACUCUAGAUCCCCAAGCACCAUCUGUCAGGGGCCCACAGUAUUCCUAGAAUGUCUUUAUCAUAUAAUCUCAUUCCCUCCUAGUGUCUACAAAGGCUGCAUGGGUUGAACUGAAAUUCCAACUGCACUCUGUCCUUUGGACAUUUUACCUCAUUUGGAGAUUCUUCCUAGUUUUCACACUCCCAAGUAACUUUUUCCCAGUAUUUUGACAGAGCUCUCCUAAAUUCAGUGAAUUAAAGCUGCUUUCCUAGCUAGCUUGAAUAUAGGGAUCCAGAAAUUUAUUCUUUGGUUACCAAGGAGACCAUCAAUCUCUUUCUUUCCUAAAUUUUCAGUUCUUGCUGAACAAUGCUUCUUUUUUCCUUGGGACCAACAAGACUUAUGUUUUCCCUACACCAAAAAAGUGAGCAUGGAGGGGACCUUGUGGCCCUGGCUGAGAAUUUCUAAGCUUCUCCCAGUCUUGUGGAUCUGAACGAGAACUGAUCUAAUGUUGAAUGUUCCUGUUAUUCAGGUGCCUCAUAUUUAAGGACUUUUAGUUCAGCAAAGGCAUCUCAGUAAUACUGUUAUUCUGAGCCAGUUUUUACAUAUUCUUGGUCCAAAGAAUAUUUUUAAUUUUCAUGUGGGGUGUAGUUUUGAUUCUUUUUUGUUUGUUUUUGGGUCAUUUUUUCAGGGUUUUUUGUCUUACUUUGUGACCUCAGUGGAAUCAGGGGAAGAAAAAUUAAUAUAUUUUUUUAAUAUUAAUAUAAAACUCUUAGUCUUCUGCUUUUAAGGUAUUUAUUCAUUAUGUUUGCUGACAUAGGAAUUCAGUGAGCAAACUGUGGGUAGUGGUUUUUUAUUAUCAUAGUACCGUGUAAGAGCCCCAACAUAACUUUCUAGAGUUUAUGCUGAAGGCUGGCCUUGGGAUGAAUUAUCAAAUACCAAAAGUUGGUCUUCAAUUACCUGUAAUAGGUAUUGUUAUUCUCUCUCUUGCUAAUACAGCUUUCCUAUGUGAAAGUAUUUCAUGCUAAAUUGUUAAGCUCAGGUAUCAGCAUUCAAUAGUAAUCAAAGCUCAGAGUCAGGAAAGAACAAGAGGUAAGUCACAGGUCUAUAAGACAAUGUUUAGAGGAAAGUUGCUCAUCUACAUGAAAGAAGUUUUCUACACUGGGAGUUUCUUUUUUCUGAUGAAAUUACAUAUCUGACAUGCUUCACUAUUCCUCCAAAAAGUGGUUAGGGAUUUAACAUGUUAGCUUUUGGCUGUAAUUGAACUUUAAAUGAGAAAGACGCCUUAAAAGGAAUAAAUGGAUAAUGGUAGAAUUUAAAGGUGGUGUUUUUUUUAAUGGGGGAAAAGACCUUUCCUGAACUUUACUCUAAGUACACCAUGAUAGGUAGUCCCUCUUUGUGUGAGGGCUGCCCUAGCUAUACUGAAAAAAAUCCUCUUUAUUGCUACUAAAGAGAACUCUGUGUUUGGCUUUUGAUGGUGCUUAAAUAGAGAUUAUCCUGCUCACUCACAUACCUCUUCCCCCAAACUGUAUCUCAUCACCCCAACUCUGAGAAAAAUGCCUUGCCCACAGUUGGCACUCAUUGAAUAUGUCAAAGGAUGAAGAAGAGAGAAGUCCAUAGAAGGGGUGAAAAAAAAUGUAUUUUCUGCUUUUACUACUGAUAAAAUCCUGUACAUGUUUAAGAAAAGAAACAGAAAUGGUAAACUUAGGAAGUGAGAAGACCCAAUAUAAUAUUUCAGCACAAGAUUAAAAUUGACUUAAUGACCCAUCAUUCACAUUAAGUAAAAAUUGUACCUUGCUUCAGAAUUUUGAACACCAUGGCCCUAGUACUGAUGAUGAUAGGUGAAGCAUUUUCUGGCCACCACCCAGCAAGAAUAGGAGUUUUCUUAAUGUUAAACUUAGUUUAUAAAGAUCAGGUUGUUUUAUUAUUAAUUAGUUUUUCUUAACAUCCCUAUAUAUAGCAAUAUAUGUAAAUAUGACAAAUACCAUGUAUAAUUGAGAAGACUGUAUAGAGCAGCCUUUCCAUAAGUUACCUGAGUGAAAAACUACUCCACAAGGAGUUAAAACGCGCUUGGUGACUAAUGUCAGGUAUCAACCUCCAUUUUUAUUUACCUCUUUUUCAUUCUGUGGAGAUGACAAGAGUGCAGCUCUAUUUCUUCAAUUUGGGGGUUGGAGGGAGCCACCAAGGGGUCCUUGGAAGUUUGGGACAAUGAAGACCACCUUCCACCUACCCCGGAGCCAGAGCUCAUGUCUCCAAUAAUAACUGCCAUUGCCCUCCAGGGUAUUCUUAGCAGGAAGAAACUGGAUAUGCAGAAGGGCAGGCUGCCAUUUAAUAGAAAUGAGAAACAAUCCACAAAAGGUAAGUUACAUUUUCCAUAAGCACAGGUUCCCCCAAUAAUCCCAGAAUAAAUGGCUACCUCCCCUUUCUUCUUUCUCCUACUCUACACACACACACACACACACACACACACACACACACAGCCUCCCCAUAAUCUGACAAGAUUAAAAAAAAAAACAAAACACUUUUUUAUCCCUUCACAAGGGGUUUUGACCCAGUUGUAUUAAGUACUGUCAUGUUUCCAUAUAAGGGACCACCUCGACUCUGCCUCUGUUUUUUUCACAGGUUUGGGGGGAAAGUCCAAUUGCUGGUUUGAAUUGCAUCCAUUGUCAAAUCUUUGAUUUGGGUUUCUUUGAGUGCAGAAUUCUUUAAUAUAUGUUUUCCUGAGUUUUGGCAGUGUCUGAAGAUGAUGGGGGGGAGGGGGAGGCGGGGUUGAGGUUUUUUGUAUAUAUUUAGCACAGUACCUAGACUAUGAAGUUGUAGUCUUGUUCUGUAAAGAGUGGGGAGAAGUACAGUAUUGUAUUUGUAAUAAUAUUGUUUUCUUUAUAUACACUAAACUUAAUGAUCUCUAUAUAUAAAAUAUAAAUAUAUAAAUAUACAUAUAUAUAUACAUAUAUAUAUAUAUAAAUAUGUGUGUGAGCCUGGAAUGUUGAUUAUACUGCACAUCUAUUGAAUGUAAUUCCUCUGACAUUUUUAGUCACAGGUCUCUGUACCCCUCUCUGUACACAUAACAGAAAUGGUUUGAUUUUUUGGGGUUUUGUGACGUAUUUAUUGUGCUACCCUUCUUUAUUUAAAUGAGCACUGAUGUCUGUAAGAUUUGCAACGACAAUAAAAAAACAAAGCAAAACACCCCUUA